UUUUUUUUUAUUUUUUUUUCCACUUUCUUUUCCAUUUCCCCUUUCCGAGGUUUAAUCAAUGACACCUGUACAUACUUUACCUUAUGACCUGUCAUCGUUGACUUGGAAUGACGACCAUACUAAUAAUGAUCAGGACAAGUAUUGCUAUUGUGGAAAAGGAUACAGUGAACACAAAACAAUGAUGCAGUGUUCCACCUGUUUACAGUUCUUCCAUAGUGCUUGUGUAUCAAGUGUAAAAAGGCCUCUACUAUACGGUGACAUCUUUUACGAAUUCCAAUGCUCAGUGUGCACUCAGGCUGAAGAAAAAUAUACACGUGAAGUAAUGAAAUGGAAACAAGCAGUUCAAUUGAUCCUUUAUCACCUUACGAAACAACGAAGACUAUCCAAGGGAAAACAACCUGAACACUUUUAUUUUAGGUUUACAGAAGAAAUUUGCAAACUUGUUGAAGAGAACUGGGAUGUAUUACUAUGGGAUCGUGAAAUGAAUAAGACGUGGAAAAAUACAGUAGCAAGUUCAUUAUCUACACAACCUGAUUUGUUUUUAUCUGGCGUUACCAAAUGGGACUCGGCUGGGAAAGGAUUAUGGGCCUUAAGAUCUGAAGAACCAUUAUCUAAACUUUCUUCUGCUAGACAAGCACCCAAGACAGAAACGACAAAACGAUUGAAAAAACGAAAGCCUGCUAAAGACGAACUCCAAUCGAAGAAAAGAACGCGAUCUUCAAGAUAUGACCAUAGUCCUGUCACCUCUCCUGAACAUAAUCAGGAAACAACCAACAACGAUGAUUCUGGUUCAAUCAUGAAAGAUACUCUUCCAACUAUGGACAAAGAAAACACCAAUGCUGCAUUAGAUGAUGGUGCCUUGGGGACGACUACUAAAAGUGAUGAUUCAACCUCGGACAAAAUGAAAACAGCUGAUGAAGCCAUUGUUACAACGAAGAGAACAAUUGUAUCUUCCGAUGAUCUUGAAAAUGUAGCAGACUCAACGACUGAUUUUAAGGUGGAUGAUUCUACAGUGAACUUGAUGAAAACCGAUUCACAACCAAAAACACUCAAGGUACGCUCUCAAUGUUUGUGUAUGUGAUGGAAAGGGGGGUUGGUCAAAGGGAAAUAGAGUGGGUGAUUACCAACGAUAUACUUGUCUUUUUUUUUUUUUUUGUUAUUCCUUUUACGUUACCAAAUAAAUCUGUUUUUAUUUAUUUUGUUUUUCUU